GUACUCUCACACUAAGGGAACUUUUAGCAUACAUAUUGAUUAAUGUUACCUACAAUACUCUAUAAUGUUCCCAUUAGAACUGUGAUGGCAAACCUAUGGCAUAUGGGCCAAAGAUGGCACAUAGAGACAUCUUUGUGGGCAUGUGCAGGCCCACAUGAUCAUGAUCAGCUGAGAGCCUGGCCCUGCCCAAAUGCAGGGGGUGGGGCAUUCUAACUUUCCUCUACCCUCUUCUGGUUGCCUUCACUCAGCAACCCUGCCCUCAGUCUAUCCCCCAAAUGCAAUCAGAGGGCAAGGCACACAGUUGGGGUCACUAAAAUUUUUGCCAUCACUGCAUUAGGGUAUAUAGAGGCAAGUAAGAUGAAAUACAUCUUAAAAGGUAGGCUGCAACUAGAUUGGGGUAUUUUAAAAAUUGGUUCAUUUCUUUAAAAACCCCACAAAGGGGGGGGACUCAAUGGAUUGACAGCCAGGCCUAGAGACAGGAGGAGGUUCAAAUCUGGCCUCAGAUACUUCCUAGCUGUGUGACCCUAGACAAGUCACUUAACCCCCAUUGUCUAGCCCUUAUCCCUCUUCUGCCUUGGAGCCAAUUUACAGUAUUGAUUCUAAGGUGGAAGGUAAGGAUUUAAAAAUAAAAAAAUAAAAUACAAUUAAAACCCCACAAAGAAGGCAGGAUUAGUGGUGAUAAUCCCAUUUUGCAGAUUGGGGGUGGUGGGGUAAUAGACUAAGUGACUUAAAAAAAACCCCAAACCCUUUCCUUCUGUCUUAGAAUAGAUACUAAGUAUUGCUUCCAAGACAGAAGAGUGAUAUAAAGGCUAGAUAGUUGGAGUUAAGUGACUUGGCCAGAGUCACACAGCUAGUGAGUAUCUGAAUCCAGAUUUGAACCCAGGAUCCCCCAUUUCUUAUCUACUGAGCUGUUUGGCUACCUCUGCUAAAUUAUUUUUUCAAGUUCACUUAGUGGUAGAGCAAUGACUAGAACCCAUGUCUUCCUAACUCCCAGUUCAGGCAAUUAGUCACCAAACAUUUAAUAAAGUUGGGAGAUAGGGUAUUAUGUUGGAGAAAUAGCAAGGAGAUCAGUGUCACUGAAUCACAGAAUGUAGAGAGGGCAGCAAGAAAACUUGAAAAAUAAGGAAAGGUCAGAUUAUGAAGGACAUUAAAAAAUCAAAAGAUGAUUUGAGCUCAGAGGUCAUAGAAUCCUGUGAAUGUGUGGUAACAUGGUAAGAUGAGUGCCCCAGAAAGAUCAGUUUGAAAGCUGAGUGGAAGGUGAAUCAAAGUAGGAAGAGAACUAGUAAGAUCAGUUGGUAGGCAAUUAUUACAGUUCAGGCAUGAGGUGAGGAGGACUUGUCCCAGGGUGGUAGCAGUGUCAGAGGACACAAGAGAAUAGGAUAGUGACAGAGAAUGGGGAGUUGAGAAUGACGCCAUACUAACUCUCUAGAGGAAAAUUUUAAAUUACAAGAUUUAUCCUGUAGACCAACCCUUAAAAUGCAAAGGAAAAAGGGGUAGCCAGGUAGCACAGUGGAGAGUACCAGACUUGGAAUUUGGAGAACCUGGGUUCAAAUCUGGUCUAGACAUUUCCUAGCUGUAUGACCUUGGGCAAGUCACUUAACCCCAAUUGUUUAACCCUUGCCAGUCUUCUAUCUUAGAACUGAUUUGAAGUCCAAAGGUAGGGGUUUAAAAAACUGCACAGAUUAUCUUUUCUGCCUCUGUCUCAUUUUGUUACAUUCUUAUGCACUCCUUUUAGGCAACGUCCUAAUUCCAUUUCUCUGCUUACAUGGCCUACCUUCUGGUUAGAUUGUAAACUUCUAGAGGGCAGGUAAGCUAAUCUUACAUAUCUAUUUCUCCUCUGGAACCUAUCCCAUAGCAAAUUAGAUAUGGAAGAACUUCAGUAAGUAUUUAUUCAUAGGAUCAUGGACUAGAGUUGGCAGGUUUUUAAAGAUUAGGUUGUACAGCUCUCUAGAUGAGCAUCACUAACUAUUGGAAUGAGCAAUGCCUGAGUUCAAGGAGUCUGAAAAUUUGAAAAUGAGAAUGUGACUUUGUAAGUUUCCUUUCCCUGUUUCAGUUCCUUCAUUUGGCAGCACGUACCCCUCCAAGCAAGAGACUGGGUGGUGGUGCUGUAACUCUUACUCAAGCCUUAGAUGUCACUUGGAGUGAGUUUGUCUAAAAGGGAACAACUAUCCUGGAACCAGAGGGUCUGGGGAGGUUGAAGCAAGCUCAGCAUUCCAGCACACUCCUGAGGAGCAAACGAGUGACCAAGCAGUGGCAGAGAAGGGAGAUUCUGAAGAGCCAACAAUUUCACAAGCAAAAGAUGAAGGUGGAGGGAAGUCCCAGGAAAAUCCUUGCUCUUUACUAAACUUCCCCUCUUGGUGCCUGUCUCUCCACAGACCCAAUGCUACAUAAUCUGCAGCUUCAUUACCCAAAUGUUUCCAGGAACCCUUGAUGUUCCAGAUCCAGGUUGUGACCUCACUCUUUCCCCCAGAGAAACUAGAAAAUGAUGAGUGAUGCCAGCGACAUGCUGGCAGCAGCUUUGGAGCAGAUGGAUGGAAUCAUAGCAGGUUCUAAGGCCUUGGAAUAUUCUAAUGGAAUUUUUGAUUGUCAAUCUCCAACCUCCCCAUUCAUGGGAAGCUUGCGAGCCUUGCAUCUUGUGGAAGAUCUCCGUGGAUUGUUAGAGAUGAUGGAAACAGAUGAGAAAGAAGGAUUGAGAUGUCAGGUCCCUGAUUCAACAGCAGAAACUCUGAUUGAAUGGCUUCAGAGUCAAAUGACUAAUGGACGUAUAUCUGGAAAUGGUGAUGUAUAUCAAGAAAGGCUAGCACGUUUAGAAAAUGAUAAAGAAUCUCUGGUUCUACAGGUAAGUGUCUUAACAGAUCAGGUGGAAGCUCAGGGAGAAAAGAUUCGUGAUUUGGAGUUUUGUCUUGAAGAACACAGAGAAAAAUUAAAUGCUACAGAAGAAAUGCUGCAGCAGGAACUUCUGAGUAGAACAUCUCUAGAAACGCAGAAACUGGACCUUAUGGCUGAAGUAUCUAACUUAAAGCUAAAAUUGACUUCUGUCGAGAAGGACAGAUUAGACUAUGAAGAUAGGUUCAGAGACACAGAGGACCUAAUGCAGGAAAUUAAUGAUUUGAGAUUAAGAGUUGGUGAAAUGGACAGUGAGAGACUUCAAUAUGAAAAAAAGCUUAAAUCGACCAAAGAUGAACUUACAUCUUUAAAAGAACAGCUCGAAGAAAAAGAAUCUGAAGUAAAAAGAUUACAAGAAAAAAUGGUGUCCAAGAUGAAAGGAGAAGGGAUUGAAGUAAUUGACAGAGAUGAAAACUGUAAAAAGAAGCUCAAAGAAAAAAAUAUUGAAGUACAGAAAAUGAAAAAGUCUAUGGAAUCCCUGAUGGCAGCAAAUGAGGAAAAGGAUCGAAAGAUUGAAGAUCUUAGACAGUGUUUGAGCAGGUACAAGAAAGUACAGGAUAUGGUGAUACUGUCUCAAGGAAACAAAGGCAAAGAAGGGGACUAUGAAGACCUGCCCAACUCAGUUUCAGCCUUGCUGGAAAUGCAGAGUGUUAGUGAUCUGGAGAAAAGUCCACCUCCUACCCCUGUUACAGGAUCUCCCAACCAUGAUGUAUUGAACACAAGUGUUCCAGAAGAGCUCCAUAUGAGUGUCUUGCAAGUUUCACUGCCUUCCUUUUCACCAACAUCCAAAGACUUGGAGACAACCGACAAGUCAAAAUCUCCACCCAAAUCAGAGACUUCAGCUGAUGUGAAUGAUGGAAAAGCAAUUCUUGAUGUUGAUUUAGAAAUACAACUUUGUGAUAAUCUGUUAUCUUCAACUUUGCAAAAAUCCAGCAGCCUGGGCAAUUUGAAGAAUGAAGUAUCUGAUGUGGAAAAGGAGCCUCUUCAGAAACCUCCAGAGACAGUGCCUCCUGUGCAAAUGAGCAAAUUUGGAAGCCUCCCUCCCAAAGUCCAAGGACCUGUCCCUUUGGCAGAUGACAAUGCCUUUGGCACUCGGAAAGCCCGCUCCUCUUUUGGACGGGGCUUUUUUAAGAUUAAAAACAACAAGAGGACAGCAAGCGCACCAAACCUGGAUCGUAGCCGAAGUGCAAGUGCACCCACGUUAGCUGAAACCGAAAAGGAAACUGCUGAGGACCCAGCUUUGGCUGGCUUAUCUUCCCUAGGAAAGGAUGCAGAGUGCACCAGUCCCUUCCAGAUAUCUCCACCUUCUCUAGACUCCAAAAAGAAAUCCAGGGGUAUCAUGAAAUUGUUUGGAAAACUCAGAAGGAGCCAAUCCACCACUUUCAAUCCAGAUGAUAUGUCUGAGACCGAGUUCAAAAGAGGGGGAACAAGAGCAACUGCUGGUCCUCGUCUGGGUUGGUCUAGAGACCUUGGGCAGUCUAACAGUGACUUGGAUAUGCCAUUUGCCAAAUGGACAAAAGAGCAGGUUUGCAACUGGCUUCUGGACCAAGGAUUAGGUUCCUACAUGAAUUCUGGCAAACACUGGAUUGCAUCUGGACAAACACUUUUGCAGGCUUCUCAGCAAGAUCUAGAAAAGGAACUGGGAAUUAAACAUUCACUUCAUCGAAAGAAGCUUCAGCUAGCUCUACAAGCCCUGGGAUCUGAAGAGGAGACUAAUCAUGGAAAGCUGGAUUUCAACUGGGUUACCAGGUGGUUGGAUGACAUCGGCCUUCCCCAAUAUAAAACUCAGUUUGAUGAAGGAAGGGUGGAUGGUCGGAUGCUACAUUAUAUGACUGUUGAUGAUUUAUUGUCUCUGAAGGUUGUUAGUGUGCUACACCAUCUUAGUAUCAAAAGAGCCAUCCAGGUCCUAAGGAUAAACAACUUUGAACCUAACUGUCUUCGGAGGCGACCAUCAGAUGAGAAUAAUAUUACUCCCUCAGAAGUUUCUCAAUGGACCAAUCAUCGAGUGAUGGAAUGGCUACGUUCUGUAGACUUGGCAGAGUAUGCACCAAAUUUGAGAGGGAGUGGUGUGCAUGGUGGACUCAUGGUUCUGGAGCCUCGUUUUAAUGUUGAAACAAUGGCUCAGUUGUUAAACAUUCCACCAAAUAAAACACUGUUGAGACGACAUUUGGCCACUCAUUUCAACUUACUGAUUGGUGUUGAGGCUCAACGUCAGAAGCGAGAGGCAAUGGAGUCACCGGAUUAUGUACUUCUAACAGCUACCGCCAAAGUGAAACCAAAGAAACUCACCUUCAGCAAUUUUGGGAAUCUAAGAAAAAAGAAACAAGAAGAUAUGGAGGAAUAUAUAUGCCCAAUGGAAUUGGGACAGGCAUCAAGAAAUGCAGCCAAGAAAGGAUAUAGUCCUGGUUUGGACAUUCAUCUAUAUGAUGAUGAUGAUUUGGAUAGACUAGAACAGAUGGAAGAUUCAGAAGGGACGGUGAGGCAAAUUGGCGCAUUUUCAGAAGGCAUCAAUAAUUUAACACAUAUGUUAAAAGAAGACGACAUGUUUAAAGACUUUGCCACACGGUCUCCUAGUGCUAGUAUUACAGAUGAAGACUCCAAUGUGUGACCGUGACAAUUCGGAGUCUUCUUUUCUGUCCUCACAGAAAUACAUUCAGGAGAAAUGACAGGCUGCAGAUUGUUCAUCUGUUAUACUCACAUCUACUCAUUUAGAAGUGACUUUUGUUUCCAAGGGUCGAGGGAGGGGGUGGGACAGGUGCCUAUUCUGAAGUUGCCAUUGAACAAUGAAACACUGGUGAGUGGUAGCGUAAUGAUUUUUACUCUAUUUAAUGUACAAUUCUAUGACAUAUUUAAAGUAUUGCUUUUUAAAUGCCGUUCCUUUAUUGUUCCUCUUAACAUUGAUGCCAUGAAAGACUCUGGAGGAAAAUGAGCUAUUAAGUAAAUUUACUGUGGCUUUUUUAGACAAAAAUUAAGUGAUCAUUGAUAGAUUUCUCAACGUCAACAUGUAGAAUUCCUUAACUUUAUUAAAUGUGUGUCCACCUGAAUGUCACAGUUAUGUCCUUACAUGCCUUUUUACUAUUGCUGUCUUAUUUUUGUACAUUUUUCUAAAGCAUGUAUACACACUUAAAUAUAUUAAAUCAUAGAAAACAGAACUUUUAUUUUAUGACAUAGGAAGAUAAUGAAAAGAUUGUUGUUAGUUUUUUGUUGUUAUUGUUGUUGUUUUUUAAACAAGUGUUGCUUACAGUUUGCAUAUAUACCAGCUGGUUCCUGGAAAGAUUAGACUUUUUGAACUCGGGACUUUCUUAUCCUACCAAAUGCCAACAGUGUUGACCAUUGUGACAAAAUUACUAUUACUAACAAGUUAAGUUAGUGAAUCUGAAAUCCCCAAGAAUUAUUUUUUUCUACCCUGGGUUGGAAUACUAUGCUAGUUAAGAUUUUGACUUCAAAUCCUGGAUUAUUUUACCUAAGAGGAAGAAUUUGAGGAAUAUUUUUUAUUCUACAACUAGAAGAGCUUUUUUGUUUUAAUUCCAAAGGGUUUAUUUAGAAAAUUUCAAACUUUGUAGUAUUAAAUUCAUGAUUUUCCUUCUGUAAACAUAUUACCACAUCAAAAACCAUAACAGUAGGUUGCCUAGUAUAUUUUCAUUGUAAACCCUUCCUGCCACUAAUGAAUGGAACUUUUAAAACUGAUUACUUCCCUGAAAUUUUAUACUAAAAUAAGGUCCAUUCAAUCAAUUUAGUAUUAUCAUACUGGAAAAGUGGUUUGUGAUGCCAAUUUUGUGAUGUUAAUUGGAGGGCUAAACUAUUGUGUAGUGCAGUGGUCCUGUGUUCUUUGAAAAGAGAAGAGAAAACUGCAAACAAAACUAUCCCAUACCUUUUUUAAGGUUUUGGGAACAUUUUGAACCAAUAAUAUAUGCACAAACUUGUCAUGCUGAUGAGUACACGUUUACUCCUUUAGUCAAUGGGACAACUUGGAAAAUAGUCCUGCUCAAAAAUUUUAAGAGAGGUCCUAAAAUACUGUUAGAAUACAUAAAUUGUGAACUCUAUUUAAAUAUCAGAGACAUGAAUUUUCCAUUUGCCACCAGGGAACUUCCUAGGUCUUAUAGUUUUAGAUUAUUUAUUUAUAACUACCAUGAGUUAAUUAGAGUAUUAUUAUGCUACCUUUUAGCCUACCACUCAUUAUUUGAUAAUGGCAUCAAAAACUGUGUUAUUAAUGUGCUGUGUUCAUAUUUUAAUAUAAAUACAAAUGGCCAUGCCUUUUUCUUAUUGUAAAAUUCCUUACCAAUUUACUAUUAUGGCCCUAAAUAAUAUCUGGAGAAUGAUACAAAUGCCAAAGUAGCUUCAUUUAGAACAACCAAAAUUUUAUAACAUUGAUUUUUGUGUGUUUUUUUUUUUAUUAUAAUAACAUGCACUACUGGGUAUUUCCAUGUAAAAGCAAAUAAAAAGUCAAUUGGAAAUUUCCAUGUAUUGCAAUUCUUACUCUUUUCCUUUUCCCCUCAGAUAACCAAUAGGACUUCUUUUGAGACAUCUGUAGAGAUAUAAAUAUAAUGCCAAAGAAUAGAAAUGUAAAACUGUGACUUGAGCUGUUUUAUUGCUAAAAAUAAAAAGAAUGUAGGCACCUGAGCUGAUGGUGGGUAUUCAUAGGGCAAGAGGAGGAGAAACAGGAAGAAUUGGUGUCAUCUGCAAUUUCUAGAAAGUUAAAAGAGAUACAACGAAUGGAAGGACAUAAAUGGAAUGAAGUGCCAGUUUGAAUUUUGAAACUCUUGGCAAAUCAAAUAUUGAGAGAAUAAAGUAAAAACGAAGUCAAGUGUGGAAUUUGAGGGAAGACUGGAUGUUUUGUGUGGAAGUAAGUUAACUAAGUAAGCCUUGUUAAACCAGUCUGAGUCAGUCCAAACAGGGCACACCCUUCUGACAAACCAGGAAGCCAGAAUUUGUUUAUCUACCUGUGCCAGACUAUAUAGUUAGCACUACAGGGCUAGGAAGCAGAGAGGAGCAUGGACAAUAUUACACAUUGAACUUAAUGAUUAUCUGCAAAGUUGAUUUUAUGAAAAAGAAUUGAACCUGACAGCAGCUUGUUCUGGAAAAUUUAAAGUCAUCUAUGUUGCUGAGAAAAUGGGCCAAACGUCAUCUCAAGAAGUGACUCAGAAGAAUAAGCCAGAUCUUGUUAUGUGUGACAUUUUCAGUCGAGCUGUGAUCUUUGCGGCUCAGAAACUGAAGGACUAUCUUGGAUUUGUAGAUCCUCUAAGCAAACUGUCCCCAGAUGCCAACACACUGAAUGAGAUCUUUUUAAUUCAUUUUAUUAGCUUCUGUCAUGAAAAUGGAAUGGACGAGAAGAUCACUACUAACAAAAUGACCAAGAAUCAGGCCUUGUUGUUUGGGGCCGAUUGGAUCUGGACCUUCUGGGGAUCUCAGAAGGAAAUCCUGUUUCAGCUGGCUGUCCAGACUUUACAGAUGUCCACAGACUUCCAUAUUGAGUCGAUUCCCCGUGACCUGCUCAGCAAGGAAGCUGUGUCAGACGUGCAUUCUAGGGAGGAAAAUCGAUUUGAGAAGAUGGAGGAAUUCUGUAAUUUGAUAGGUGAGGACUGUCUGGGUUUAUUUAUCAUCUUUGGUGUUCCAGGAAAGCCUAAAGACAUCAGAGGAGUUCUCUUGGACAGUAUCAAAAACGAGAAAAUUCAAAACUGCCUGUCAGGAGAGAAGGCUCUGAAACAUUUUAUCUUAAACACAAAGAACUGUCUAUCUACCAAAGAACUGUUAGAAAACUAUCUGUGUAAAAACGAUAGGCUGAAUAAGAUAGGCAAAGUUUAUAUUAAUUUUCUCUGAAUUUUAGGUACGUUAAGUAGACCAAGAAAAUAUAAACCCAUGUGUCAAGCAAAGAAUUCUAUUCUUUCAAGCCUAAGAGCAUUAUUUAAUGUUACAGCAUUAUUUAGUGCACUAAUUGGGUUUAGGACAGUAUUGUAUACACUGACAAAUUCAUUUCUUUUGGUGGCAAAAAUUAGCUAAGCCACAUUCCAAAUGAUUGUAUUAUUGUGAUCAUGAAAAAGAAAAAAAAAAGCCAUGAAGAUCUUUAGGGGGAAAAAAACCACAUAGUUCAAUGUAACAUUUCUUCAUUUGCUUGGGAAGCCAAUACUAAAUAAAACAACUCUGAAAGUUUGCUUUGCAA